AUUGAGCAACUGUAGAUAUCCUACUCAAUUCAUCCUCAUUGAAUAAUACAAUCUCAAUGAUUGGAUAGGCGUCCAAAAAUUCAAUGGAUCAAGGAAGGACACUUGGAACGAAUUGCCCAGUUAGUAGGAUGUCUCUCCCAGUCCGGGCACUGCGGCAUUAAAUACAUAGUACCACAUGAUAUAAGAGAUUGAGGAGAAUUUGAUUGUAGUAAAUUACUUGGAGGAUUGAGGCUAAGACGGUAUUGAAAAAGUUCUUUCAUUUUCCUUUCUUCUUGCCCUUCUGGUCAUGUUCGCUCAAUAGUGGAUCAAGCAUAUAUAUAUCACUUUUCCCGCAAUAUCAGAGUCAGCCUCUGCUCGUUUUGAAAGUUCUUAUACCAAUUUAACUAUCAAACUUUUGCGCAUUAUCACGCAAUAAGGUGUAAUUCACUCGUUCGCUGCGGGAAUUGGGCCAGGCUUGAACAAAGAACCAUUGCGACACAGCCUUCCAUUUGGAAAACUGCGCAAAAUACUUCUCCCCUUUCUAAAUCCGGAUCAAACAACCAAUUCAUCGGCCAACUCUUUCCAUCAAUUUUGAGAAGCAUCGUGAUCCAUUAGAAAUGGCAGCUUUACCUCAAUAUCUUGCCGAAGAAGAGCUCCGUCGCGCUUCAUCUUCCUCCAUCCGAUCAGCUAACCUCUCCCACGGUCGCGGAGGCGCUGGUAAGCCUUUGAUAUCUGCUCUGAUUUUUUCUUUGAUUGACAUGUUUGCCCAGGAAACAUUGGAACUUCUCCUCACGAUGCAGAACCUGUUACUCUCAACACUCCCACCCUCAAAGGUGAUGUCUACACCACCGGUCGCGGAGGAAGUGGGAAUAUGACAAAGAACACCGAUCCUGAAUCGGCCAGACGGGUAAGGUUUCAGUACCCACUAGCAAGUUGUAUUUAAUGCUGACAGAAAGCAGGCGCAAGAUGUCGUUGGGUAGGUCGAAUCAUGAGACGCAGGUCACUUCUGGCAGUACUGAAUUCUAACUUAAAUGCUCUAGCACCCCGAGAAGAGAAUCUUCAUCGUCAAGUCAUAUUGGACGGGGCGGGGCAGCUAAUGUCUUCAAACCAAGCGAGGCCGAGAUCGCGGCAGCACGCAAAGAUGCUAGAUGGGAUAGUGCAAUCUCAGAUGAGGAUGAGCUUUAUUACAUCAAGCCUGACAACAAACUCGCAAGCGAGAAAGGUCUCGCGGACAAGGGAAAGGCAUGGUUGAAAGAAAGGAUGGGCAAGGUUUAAACAAAUUCGAUAAACUCUAAGGCGUUAAAAAUGAAAUAUACCAGGCGUGGCUGGAUUUGCUUGACUUUGAGGGGUAUGGGGUUACCCCUCAACGAUGGUUAGGUAUUGGGUUCUUUGAGCAUGGCAUUAUGCGGCAGAGCUGUACGGCGUUACCUUGUUGGCACUUGGCUUCCGUGCAAAAUCGUUACGGUUCUUGAUAUAGAUGCAAUAAACAUUUAGGCAUUUAUAACCAAUGAAGUCAUUGAUGCCAGUAAUCGAUUGGCAUAGUUCUGGUUCCUGGAAGAUUUAACCACAUUGGAGGUAUGAUUGGGGCAGCAAAUGUUCUAUGAGGUUGGUGGCUCUUUUGAAGGCAAUGCAAAAAGCACAUUCUCACGAUAUUGCAUGCGAACACAACUUGAUUCACUAUCGAACUUGGUGGAUCUAGGAAGCUUGUGUUUAUAAUAGGAAAUCGGGGUAAGGUCGGACAGAGUAUAUGUUAGAUAAUCUUGUCUGUAUGGCGUCUCGUAUUCUUAGAUAGUGAAAAUACGUACAAUUAGUCGCGCGGCACAGGUAAGACAAAGCAUG